CCAAACCCCAUCAUCAAACCGGCGCCAAGAAAACCAGACACCAUCCGGCGACGCCAUGAAGCACCUCCUCCUCCCAUCCCCGCUCCCUCUCCUCCUCCACGGCCCCGCCUCCAAGCCGCUCCUCCUCCACGUCCGGCAGCGCCACCGCCACGCCCUGAGCGCCGCACCCGACGGCAACUCCGGCGACACUUCCACGGCCGCGUCCGAGCCGCCUCCCACGGACACCCAGCCCAGCCCGCCACCCUCCGCACCUCCGUCCACCAACUCCGGCACCACCAGCGUCAAGACCCGCCUCCGUUCAAGGAACCAGGCCCGCCGCGUCCAGGAGCCGUACCUGCCCCCGGUGGAGGUGAAGAUGAUGCGGGGCAAGGGCAAGGCGAACGCUUCCGCGGCGCCGAGGAGGGAGAAGGAGAAGCGGAAGAAGACGUGGGACGAGAUGAGCCUCGGCGAGAAGGCCUACGAGCUGUACGUCGGGGAGAAGGGGGCCCUCUUCUGGCUCAACAAGUUCGCCUACGCCUCCAUCUUCAUCAUAGCCGGCGCCUGGAUCCUGUUCCGCUUCGUCGGGCCCGCCACCGGGCUGUACCAGCUCGACGCGCCGCCGCUGGCGCCCACGGACGUCCUGCGCGGCUCCUAGUGAGAGCACGUACCUAGGUUUCUAGAUAGAUAGCGCGGCGGGAAAGAUAAGGGAUGGAUGGCCGGAAAGAAGAUUGAUGAAUAAUUGCUGCUUACAAUGGCUUCGAUGGUAUGCUUGUAUGUGAUUAUUACGAAAUUAUCGUAGAUGGAUGAAUGUAUGUCCGUGUGUAAUUUGGGAACUAAAGUUUUCACCCUGAA